AGCGUUAUUCUGAACUCUGAGAUAAUUAACAGAGAGCCGAGGUGUCUGUGUUCCUGACAAACAUGUCUGUGAUUAGUCUGCUCCUAGCUCACACCUCCACUGUGUCUCUGGCUUUAGUUUUAACUGGUUUUAUAUUUUUAUACUUUUACUGGAAAUCCUCCAAGUCGUCUAAUUACAGCUUCCCCCCCGGCCCGCCGGCUCUACCUGUUAUUGGGAACCUGAACAUUCUGGACCUGCACCGGCCGUACAAAACGUUGAGUAAGCUCUCAGAGACGUACGGCAAUGUGUUCACCUUCCACAUGGGUCCCAAGAAGUACGUGGUUUUGACAGGCUAUGAGGCGGUCAAGGAGGCUCUAGUAACCCAAGCAGACGACUUCUCAGAGAGAGGCCAGACGCACACCACAAACACUAGCUCUAGAGGCGGGAAUG